AGGCCCACUUUUUCCCCAGUUUAUGGAAUAUAAUGGCGCAGAUCGGGUCAGAAUUUGUGUAGCUUUUGCGUUUUAACUCUUUUGGCUUUAAAAUUAUCCGUUGACUUUUAGGACUUAAAUUAAGGAAAGUAUGUUAAAACGAGCCUCACUGGCAUUGUGCCACUACCCGGAUGCUUGUUUCCGUGCCUGCAAUUGUUGCAGGUGCAUGCGGAUAUAUCACGUGGCUAAGCUAAAUGACGACCUGAAAGCUGUGCAAAAAUCAAGUCAGGACUUUAGAAGAGCACUUCUGAAGCUGCGAAACGACUUGAUCUCCCAGGAAGGUACUUGUGAUAUUCCUUGCCCACGACCCGAUCAGCCGUUGCGAUGUGCGUUCCUGGCAGAUCUCGAGCAGCAGCUGAAGCAGAGGAUCCUAAGAAAAGAGUGUUUCGACCUUGAUAUGUCCUUGAAGCGGGAAGUUUAUCCGGAAAGAGCCUCCUCCGCCGACGGGUGCAGUUCUGUAUGUGGGGAAGGCAAGAGCGUCGGUAAAAAAAAACAGAAAAAGUGUGGCAAGGGGGGUGGAAAAAAAGGUGACGAUGGAGAAGACGAUACGGAGAAGCUUAAGAAGCAGUGUAAGCUGUUCAAAGCUGAGAAAAAGCUUAAAAAGUGCAGGGACAUGGCUGCGAUGAAAAAGUGCAAAAAAGAGGCCAAGGCGAAGAAAUGUCAGAAAAUGGCGGCUAUGGAGCAGUGCCUGAAGUGCAUUAAAAAAGAAAGAGGAGAAAGUGAAGUGGAAGAGAAGGAGGAGCAGAAAGUGGAGGAGGAAGAGGAAGGUGGCGAGGACGAAGGCGGCGAGAAGAAAAAGAAAUGCCCAGAUGAGGACGAAGAGCUGGAAAAGCUGAACAAACAAAUCCAGAAAUUGGCCGAUCAAAUGAACUGUGAAAAGUUGGCCAAAAUAGAGGCCAUCAAAAAAGCCUGUCGCGAGCAGAAAGAAAGGGAAGAGUGCGCCAGAAGAGCCGAAGAGGCCAGAAAGAGAGCCGAGGAAGAAAGAAAGCGGGCUGAAGAGGAGGCCAGAAGACGGGCCGAGGAGGAGGCCAACAAAUCGCCCGAGGAAGAUAUAUGCGAGCUAAGGAGACAGUGCGCUAAAAUGGCCAAGGAGCAAAGAAUGAAAGCGCAGGCUGCUCAGAAAAGACUCAAGGCUAUUGCCGAAAAAGCCAAGUUCAGGAAAAUGAAAGAGGAGUGCAAGAGAAUUGCAGCAAUCCAAAAGUGCCGCGAACAGGCCAAAAAGGACGAGGCCGCCAAGGCGAAGGCAGAAUGCGAAAAGGCCCAAAAGGAAGAAGCCGCCAGGCUUAAAGCUUGUCGAGAGGCUCAGGAGGCAAAAAGAAGAGCCGAAAGCGAGUUGAAUGCCCGAAAGAAAAUGUGCGAAAAAAUAAAUAAACAGGAAAAACCAAAGGAAGUCGACGUAUGCGCUAAGUACAAGUUCGAGUUCCAAAAAAAGGAUUUGAACAAAGCCUCCGCAGUAGGAAAAGCGGAGGUUAAACAAGAAAUCAAAAAGGGGGUAGAAAAAGAGAUCGAAAAGGACGUCAAGGAGCUAAAGAAAGGGGUCGAAAAAGAGAUCAAAAAAGACGUCAAGGAGAUCAAAAAAGAGGUCGAAAAAGAGGUCAAAAAGGACGUCAAUGAGAUCAAAAAAGAGAUAGAAAAAGAGGUCAAAAAGGACGUCAAGGAGAUCAAAAGUGAGGUCCAAAAAGAGAUCAAAAAGGAGGUCAGUGGAACACCUGCUCCUCCGCCUCCGCCAGCACCCAAAGCUACACCCCCACCCCCUCCACCACCCAAGGCCGAUCCCAAGCGACUCUUCCAGAUAUGCAAGAAGAUAGCCGAAAACAAGAUAAGACAAAAGAAAAAGAAGAUCAAGGCACUAAAGGCCAAAUGCAUAAAAAUAGCCCUUAAGGAGCAGUGCAAGUGCGAGAAAAAAGCAAAGAAGGCCAAGGAACUGGAGGAGUACUGCAAGAAAAAGAAGUAGAGGUUCAACAAGUACCGUGGUUCCAAACUCU